AUGCAUCAGUCUUUUGCUCAACAUGCAAUCAUCUCGUAGCAUCCUCCUGUUCGUCGCCCUGCUGGGGCUCGUCGCCGGUUUGCCCGCCGAGGUGUGUCCGCCGGGCUCUGAGUCGGUCGGAUGCGUCGCCCGCAACGUAGUCUCCGAACUGUCCAACGAGGCCGACGAAGCCCUGCCGCUCGUCCGCCGACUCUGGGACGGCGUCGAGCUCGUCAAGGUCGAGGCACAGAAAAUCGAGGAGCCCCUCGAGGGCAUGGACAACGCCAGGGACCUCUCCUCGUCCCUCUUGCACACAGUCAGGAAGUUCGCCUCUGGAUACGAGGUGCGUCUCAGGCUGCAGGACGUUGUUGAUGGAGCCAUCAAGGAUAUCUCUGAAGCUCGUAAGGGCGGCUUCGGCGGCGGCAAGAAGAAGGACGGCGGUGCCAUGAUGCUCGCGAUGAUGAUGGCCGGCAUGAUGAAGGCGAUGGCCCUCGGCGCCCUGGGACUUCUGGCUAUGAAGGCGCUGACCGUCAGCUCGCUGGCCUUCCUGCUCUCAGCCAUCGUCGGCCUGAAGAAGCUGCUCAGCAAGGGCGACGACGGCGGACACGAGGUGGUGCAGGUGCACGGACACCACGGCGACUACCACCACCGCAGGGCGCUCGACCUGGCGGCCCAUGACCUCGCCUACAACGGCCAGGCCCAGGCGACGGCGUGAAUCACAACUUAGCGUGUGUGCUUAAGGACUUAAGACUUCUUCUGCCAUAUUUCUCCUUUUUCUUCUAUCUUCCUUUUCAUCUGUGACCACCUCUCUCAGGAGAAGACUGAGUGACAAUCAAUACUUGUGCGACUCGUGACGAUCAAACGAUUUAUAUGUUCCUCCUUUGACGCCAGACUAAGUGACUUUGAUAAUUGUUGACGCUAACUUAUUGUAUUUAUUAUUGAAUAAUAAAUUAUUUGUAUCAAACUA